AUGAAUAAUAAAUUGUAUGUCAAGAAUAAAUCUAUUGUAAAAGAAGACGACGAAUUAAGCUUAAUAAAAGAUUAUUUAAAUGAUUUAAAUAAUUCAACUCAAAAAUUAUAUAAUACAAAUUAUUAUAACACAUUAUCGAAAUUUAAAAAAUUAAAUAAUGCAAAUGAACAUUCCAUUUUAAACUGCUUAAGAGCAAAAAACGAUGACAAAGAACAAUUUAGAAGUAUAGAUUUCAAUGGAUUUUCUACAAAUUUGAAUUCAGAAGAUAAUUUAUCUGAAUGCUUAAAAGAACAAACCGAUUAUAAAAAGAAAGAGAAAAAAAAGAAAAAAAAAAUUAUAGAUUUAAAUAAAGAAAAUGAAAAAAAAGAAAUUAUCUUUUCUUUUAGUGAACAAACAUGUAAUAAGAAUAUUACAAAAGAUAGUAGAUAUAAUAACUGUGGAAUUUUAAAAAUAGAAAAUAAGAAUAAACUAUUAAACAAUUUAAGAGAUAGUUUAAAAAAAAACAAAAAUAUAAAUGAAGAAAAAACAUUAUGUAAUAUAAAUGAUAGCUCUACUUUUUUCGGUAAUAACAAAAAAAAAAAAGGAACAUCAUCUCUUAGUGAAGAAUUAUUUAAUAAAAAUAUUUGUGAAAUUGAAUCAAAUAUAUGUAAAAAAGAAAAUAAAAAAAAAAAAAAAAAAAAAAAAUCUGAUUAUAAUAAUAACAAAAUUGACAACACGCAUUGUGACAACGAAAUAAUUAAAAAUUUUGAUAUUAAUGAAAGUUCUAAAAUAAACAAAAAUGAUGAUAGUAACUUAUUUUAUAAUAAAGAUGAAAAGGAAAAUACAAAAGAUGAACUAAACGAAUCUUAUAAGUUUUCAAAUAUAAAAAAGUUGAAAAAUUUAAAAAUAAAAGAUUUAAAAGAUAAAGAACAAAAUUUAAUGUUUUCAAAUGAUCGUGAAAAGGAAUUGUUUCAAUAUUUAAUUUUAAAAUCUAUAAAUGAAAUAGAAAACAUUAGUUGUAAAUUAGAACAUAAAUACAAAAAUGAACUUACAUGUAAAGUAAGUAAAAUAAAAAAUGAAUAUGAACAAAAGAUUAGAGAAUUAAUAAAAAAAAAAACUUAUUUGGUUGUAGAAAACGAAAGAAUGAUUGAAAAGGAUAAAGAUAAUAAAGAGUUAAUAAGGAAGUUAGAAAAUUCUAAAAAUGUAUUAUUAAAUCAAAUAGAAAAGUUAAAGGAAAAAAAUGAAUUAAUGUAUGAUAAAUGUUUUCAAAAAGAUUUAUUUAAAAAUAAAAAUGAGUUAGAAAUAAAAAAAUUAACUGAUAAAAUAGAUUUAGGAAAAAAACAAAUUGACGAUUAUGAGAAAAAAAUAAAUAUGUUAAAUGAAGAUUUAAAUAAAAGCUAUGAAAAUUUGUUUUAUUAUCAAAAUAAAUGGGAUGAUUGCGAAAAAUCUUUACAGAAAAAGGAAGAUGAAAUAGAAAAAUUAAAAAAUCAAUUAGAAAAAUAUUUAAUAGAAAAGAAUGAAUCUGAAGAAAAAUUCAAAUAUUUACAAAAUGAGAAUGGGAAAAUAGAAAGAGAUAAUGAUUAUUUGAGAAAUGAGUUAAAUAAAGCAAAAUUGAAAGUUAUAAAAUUAAAAGAAGAGAUUGAAGAAAUUACUCAAAAUAAGGAAUACAUGACUUCAUGCUAUAAAAAUGAAGAAAAAAAAUUGAAAGAAGAUUUAGAAAAUUACAAGACAAAAUGUGCUUUAUUAGAAAAUAAAAAGGAUUCACAACUUUUAGAAGAAAAAUAUAAAAAAAUAGAAAAUAGAUUAAAAGAUAUAGAAAAUGAAAAGAGUAUUUAUGAAAGGACAUGUUUAAAAAAUGAAAAAAUACAAAAUGAUAUGAAAAUAGAAAUAAAAAAUUUAAAAAAUGAAUUAUAUGAAUACAAAAAUAAAUUAUAUAUAAUGAAUAAAUCUAAUAAUUAUAAUUUUCAAACACCUAUAUUUAACUCUACUAUAAAUGAUGAAGUAUUAAAAGAAAAUAACCAAGUUAAUGAAAAUAAUGAAGUACAAAAAAAUAAUGAAGAAUUUUAUAAAAAUGAAACAUUUGAAAAACCAUCUGACAUUAAACAAAAAAUAAAUUCCUUAGAAAAGCAAUUGAUUUUGUUGAAAUUAGAAAAGACUAAUAAAGAGUCAGAACUUAUAAGGUGUCCUAAAUAUGGAAGAAAAGUUGAAGAAAUAAAAAAAAAAGAAUUUUUGGAAACAAAACUCAAAUAUCUUGAUGAUAAAAUAAAUAUGCUUAAUAAAAACUUAAAAUACAUCCGAAUGAAAAAUAAUCCCAAUGCUUUUUGA